ACUUUGAAUAUCAACUGGAAACACGUAGCGCAAACAGAGUGUUCCCACGUCUUCUCAGAGUCUACAAAUUGGGACCUUCGCAAUUACGCGAAGCGCGAAUAUGCGGGUAACGCAUGGACUAUCAUCGAGCAUUUCGGGUACCCCAAUAUUCGCAAGGAGCUGGAGGGCCACGGGAUUCAUUCUUUGCGCAAUAUUCUCACGCUCCAUCACACAUUACAUUCAUACUUCGACAAGCUCAAGCUAUGGCUCGUCCCGACCACACCGAACCGCUAUCAAGUCGAGACGUCUAUACCGCUUAUAAUUUUCAACAGUUGGGAGAUUCCCCGCAUCAUCGAGUUCCAGACCACUCAACCAGACCUCGAUUUGCCAUCUGCCGAUUAUUUACAUAUUCAUGCUGCCUGCUGCCGUGUCUAUCACAUGUCGGGCGCUGCGAAUCUUAGGCAGGGGUGA